CGAAAUGAAUAUACGGAUUAUCCCCUCGCCCCCUUAGAGGAAGUGGUCUUCAAUAUCGGCCCCCAGUUCAUCAUACCAAGAGCCGCACGAUGAGCAGCAUCCCAACUUCCCCAAAGGGAACGCAGGUAUCGCCGCUGCUCAACCUCCCGGGCGAACUGCGCAAUCGCAUCUACGAACACGCACUAGCCAGUUUCGCAGCCAACGAAGACCCGGCUCUCUGCCUCACUAAAGGCGGCAGCCGCCCGGGGAGGCGGGCCCCCGCUCUCGCCGAAUACGCAAACGCGAAGAAAGUAGCCGACGAUGCACCGGGCCCUCACCCAAAGCUCCAGUACUUCCACCUGCUACACGUGUGCCGCCAAAUCCGCGACGAAUUCCGCCCGCUGUACCUCCGCACGCCAAUGCACCUCGCGUACAAAAACGCGCUCACCUAUGUCGUCACGUUCUACCCCGUCCGCGCCGGCCAAUCCCUCGCUUCUUCCGCGCAGCAGCUCGUCGGCGAGAUCUGCAUCGACGUGGAUGAAGUCUCCGACGGGAAUCUUGUCCCUCUUCUCCAGCGUCUGUACCGGGCUCCUCAACUCGAGUUCCACUUUGUUAAUACAAGAGGCUACGCUCGACUCUCUGAAGAUAUGAACUGGCUGUUUAAAGACCACGCGAAGGCCUGGAAAGAGCAUUUGGGGACGAAUAUUGAGAAAUUGGCGUUCUUUACGUGGGGACAGAGGGACUUCUCCUCGAGGCAGAUUGAGGUGUAUUUCAGGCCGCAAACGCCGGGGAUUAUGGGGUAUGAUCCUACUAUUCCUGGGCCGCUUGACAAGAUUCUGGAGGCACUAGGGUUGGCGGAACGGAGGUGGAUCAAGCCACAUAUCCGCGUCUAUCUUGGGAGUGAGCAAUGAGAGCCUGAUGGCUUCCACUGCAUUGGCGCUGCACGCGGCAGGG